CUUUGCACCCGUGCAAUCCAUUUUUCACGACGAACCAGGUCUCUUGCAAACUUAUGAAGGGUAAAUCCAUCCUCCCGAGUGUUCGAGCAAUGUCCAGCAAUGCAACGAGCCGGCAUUUUGGCUAACACGAAGGAACAAAGAGCUACCUUCCAGGAGGUUAAACUAAUAGAAACAAACGGGUCCACUUGAGGGCGGUCCCGCCAUGUACGUCACUUCCUGCUUCUUCUCCAAAACAAAUCCCUCGAGAGGACUUUCGUGGCAGGAGUUACAAAAAGUCAUACACGUCAAAAUCAUGUUUUGUGGUGGGGAAAAAAAACACGUGUCCAUGUCAGCUGCUGUUUUUUUUCCAUUAAUAAAUACUAAAAAUCAUGCAUUUCAUGACAGUGGCACUUUAAUUUCGCACACGAGGGGGUGGGUAGGCUCUCCAGAGAGUUUGCAUUGAAAUUAGCAUUAAAUGCCCCCUCCCUUAAAAGGGUGUUUUAGGGUUAAUGGCUCCCGGUUGCCGUGGAGACCAAAACGGCGGUGAAGUUGACAGGCGCUCCGUCGCCUUGUAACUGGAGACGAGAAGGGGGCGGAGACACGCCGCCCCGUGCUCUCGGCUCAUUGGUCACCCGGUGGGUCACGUGUCCGGUAUGGAAUGCAAAUACCAAAAAAAAAAAAAAAGAAAAAAAAAAAGAAAAAGUUGCUCUGCUAUCGCUGCGCUUCUGCUGGCGUUUAGCGGCGCUUCGGCGGGCCAGAAAUGGAGCGCGUAGUAAACUGAGCGAGGGAAACACAACACCCAAGAAGGAAGGGCGACCCGAAGAGGCUUCCGGCACAGGCGGGCCAUUCAGAAAAGCCGGGGGUCAAAGGUGAGAAGAGCAGAGGGGACCAUGAGCGAGCCGGGGCCCCCCGCCGCACCCGCUACCACCACCACCACCACCACCGCUGCCACCACAACCACCAGUGGCGGCACCUCCGCGACCACCACCGGCACCAGCACCACCUCCUCCAGCUCGACUACGGCCGCUAGCAGUAACAUGACGACACCUUCUACUGCCACUACUGCUUCUGCUAGCAGUACUACUACCAGUUGCAGCAGCAGCAGUAGUAGUAGCAGCACUAGUACAACUAGUACUAGUAGUAGUAGUACUACUACUACUGCAGCAAGACAGGCAGUCCCUCAAAUUUCAGUUUAUGGUGGGAUACCCGACCGGCAAACUGUGCAGGUGAUCCAGCAGGCUCUCCACAGGCAGCCCAACACGGCGGCGCAGUACCUGCAGCAGAUGUACGCGGCCCAACAGCAGCAUCUCAUGUUACAGACGGCGGCGCUUCAGCAGCAGCACAGCCUCAGCACCGCUCAGCUGCAGAGCCUGGCUGCCGUGCAGCAGGCCAGUAUCGCAGCAGGCCGCCAGAACUCCCAGAACGGCACAACUUCUCAGCAAACGGGAUCGACUCAGACCACGAUCAACCUGACCGCCUCGCCGGCAGCUGCGCAGCUGAUCAGCCGUGCCCAGAGCAUCACUUCGGCUCCCACCAGUAUUUCCCAGCAGGCCGUUCUGCUGGGCAGCCCGUCGAGCCCCACCCUCACAGCCAGCCAGGCGCAGAUGUACCUGCGUGCACAGAUGGCCCAGCAGAGCAACGUUUUCCAGGCCCAGCAGAGCAACCUGGUGCAAGUGGCCAGGAGUUUGGGGCGAGCCGUGCCCCUGUCGCCGCAGCUGAUCUUCACGCCGACGGCCACCGUGACUGCGAUGCAAUCCGACAGCUCAGCUCAGAAUCAGGUCCAAAAUCUGGCCAUACGCGGCCAACAGGGAUCGACCACAUCCUCCUCGCAGACUCAGACGCUGCAGGCUCUCAGUCUGAAGCAGAGCCCGGUGCCCAUCCAGCCUGCCUCUCUUGUAAAGAACCCGGGACAAGGGGGGCAACCGUCCGCGGCGGUCAAGUCCGCCUUGUCUGAAAGCGCCUCCGAGGUGGGAAAGAAGGGGGACGCCGCCGCGGUCACGGAGGCCCGUGCCAUUAACAUGAGCCGCAACGUCACAACAGUCAGCGCGCAGCCACUAAUUGCUCCAGCCUACACGCAGAUUCAGCCCCACUCGCUGGUUCAGCAGCACAAGCAGCAGCAGCAGUUUGUGGUCCAUCACAGCCAAAGUUCCCAGAGGGCCCCCGGUCAGCUGCUGCAAACGGCGUCCAUUCAGCCGUCGCCGCAGCCCGUCCCCGUGCUGCCCAAGCCGGCGCCGCACCAGCCCGCCGCUCCUGGCCAGCACGCCACCAUCUUCCACUCCACCAUCAGCUCCCACACGCUCCCGCCCCCCGCCUCAUCCUCCUCUGCUUCCACGAUGACGAGUCAGGCCAAAGCUCAGCCCGUGCAGCUCACAGCCAUUAACCUUCAAAUACAUCCCACUGCCUCUCGACCGCUGGUUCAGGAGUGUAAAGAUAAGCCGACUUCACUCGUGGUGAGGGAGACUUGUGCAACCUCCAGCGUGCAGCAACAAAAGCUGUCACCGCCAGCGCCGGCGCCAACGCCGACGCCGGCACCACCACAGCAGCCGCAAAGUACGCCAUCGCAACCCAGGAAGCCCGGAGAGCAGCCCAAAUCUGACCCGCCGUCACAAGGUCACCCACAAGGGGGGGGUGUGACCAAGAGGCCGGCGCCCGCACCUGGGACCCCACCGCCAGCCAUGACCCCGGCAAACGACGGCGAGGCGCCCGACGUGACAGCGGUCACGUCACACAACGGCGAGAGCAAGCCGCCGCAGGCCAUCGUCAAGCCACAGGUCCUCACGCACGUCAUCGAGGGCUUUGUCAUCCAGGAGGGUGCCGAGCCGUUCCCAGUGUGUGUGGAGCGUCUCCCCAUCCUCAUCAACAGCCCCAAGAAACUGGACAGUCAGCUGUCCUCCGACCCAGACAAAACUCCGGUCAGCAACGCGGCAAACUCCGACUCUGAGCCCGAAGACUUAAACCAGACAGAAAAGGAUCAAGAGCCCAAGCUUACGUGCGAGUACUGCGGCUGGGUGGACUUUGCCUACACGUUCAAGGGCUCGAAGCGCUUCUGCUCCAUGGUUUGUGCUAAGAGGUACAACGUAGGCUGCACAAAGCGCAUUGGACUGUUCCGUCCAGAGAAAACCAAGCCGGCUAACCGCUGGCGCAGAAGAGAUCAGGGCCGCUCCAGUAUUGAAGCAAAGAAACGGAAGAUAUCCCCGUCGCCCCAGCAGACUCAGGGCGGCUCCGUGUCCUCGCCGCAUCCCUCCCAGCCCAGCCAGGAGGAGUCCAGCCCGUGUUCGGAAAUGUCAAGCUACGAGGAGCCCCCGUCGCCGCUGUCGGCGGCCAGCUCGGGACCCCCGGCGACCCCCGCCCCGGCUCCGGUUCCCGUCCAGCGGCAGACCAGCAGGGCGGCGUCAGAUCCGGAGCCCCUCGGCCGCAGAGACGCGACUGCCGCUUUGUGUCAGCCUUUCUUACCCAACGACCCCACCAAGUGGAAUGUGGAGGAAGUGUACGAGUUCAUUUGUUCAUUACCAGGCUGCCAGGAGAUCGCCGACGAGUUCCGCUCCCAAGAGAUCGACGGCCAAGCUUUGCUCCUGUUGAAGGAGGACCACCUGAUGAGCACCAUGAACAUCAAACUGGGCCCGGCGCUCAAGAUCUUCGCACGCAUCAACAUGCUCAAAGACUCGUAGCGAAGGCUGCGUGCGUUUUUUUUUUUUUUUUUUUUUUUUUUUUUUUGGGGUCUCUGACUGCACUGUGACCUCAGCGUCUCAUCUUCACGGACUCCUGCACGCGACGGCGGCCGCGUCACCAUCUGACCGAGGAUUUUAGUUCUGGGAAACUGACUGAGAUUGAAGGCGGCAUUAAGUGUUAAUCAGGAGAAAGUUUCUUUCAUCGGGAUUCAGAUGUAAGAGUGCAUCUUAAUAAAUUAUCAUCAAGUUGGAAAGUUCGUUUAUAUCAGUAAAAAGGGAUUCAUUAAACUUGCAGAACGGCAGUUCCUACUUAAUUUCUACGUUAAAAAUGAAUUUUUUUUUUUUUAAUUCUCGAUGGCAAAUUUGGGUUUUUUUUGUUAGCGCUUAUCAUCGAGAUUGCAAAAACAAAAUAAUGAAAUCACUUUGGACGUUUUCUACGGUAUUCUAAGUUGGAUGCACCUGCAAAUGUGGUUUACAGAAGCGUAACAGUUUUAAGGGCUGAGAGAGUCAAAUGAGCACUGCCGUCAUUUUUUUUUUUUUUUUUUUAAUAAGACGUUUUGUAGUUUUGCCUAGGAAACGGCAAAACAGGCUGUAUUUUCUGUGAACCGAAGAUUGUAUUAAUGGUCAGCAGGAAUGUUCCUGCCAAGUGUUCCUGUACAAUUUUGUCCAUUUAUGUUUCACUUUCGUGGCACUUUUUUUUUUUUUUUUUUUUAAACCUUCACCUUAAACAUGAACCGUGCUAUACGUGCCAGACUGACUGAAACCGUGUGGUUAACUUAUCCUUGUUAUUUGAAUAGAGAAAUGAUGUUUAAUAUUUUUUGAAAUAUGCAAAUGUAUAAAAAAAAAACACUGAGUGUUUUUCUAUUUGUUUUUGUAAAUUAUGUCCGGUUUGUGUGCUUAGUGGCCGUGGAGGACUUUUCUAGGUUAACAUUUUUUUUUUUUUUUUUAAUGCUUUGUGUUUAACGGCGUCGUUUGGUACGCAGCUUUUUUUUGCAGCUAUAAAUGAUUUCGACUUCAAUUUUGGUCUCCUUUAAUUGUCCGCCCCGAUUUAACAACAAUUUUGCUUUCUUAGCAGGAGAAGCUCUGAUGUGAGUGAAAGUAGGUCUGAAUUGCUGGACAUUGUUGCAGGAAGAAACGUCUUUCCUCCUGCAGGUGGCGCUGUUGUGUGUGUCAUUGAUUGGGCUGAGGUCAGGAUGGAAGUCAAGGUAAGUCAAAAAGUUGUAUUUUCCAAACAAUUAUCAAAUCACGAUCUGUUAUGUGUCGAUAAUCCUGGUUAUUCCGACUUCCUUCUUAAAAACGG